GGACAGUACGACGCGCAGGACCCCACGAAGCCGUUGCAUAAGUGUGACAUCUACCGCCAGCCGGCGGCCGGCAACAUUCUCAAAAAGCUAAUGGAGCGCGGCACGUCACAGCCGUGGCAGCAGGUCCUGCAGGAGGUGAUCGGCGAGGGCCGGCUGGACGGGUCGGCGUUGCGUGAAUUUUUCCGCCCGCUCGAGGAGUGGCUGCGGAACGAGAACCUGCGCAACAACGAGUACGUCGGCUGGAUCUACGACGGCGACUACUGCAAGCACAGCAUCGAGACGGCCAACCUGCAAGUGUUUGGCGGGUUCUACAAUGUUGCGGUGCAGGCGCAGCUAGCCAGCUGGCUGGUGCUAACGAUUUCCUGCUUGAUCAGCGCCCUUGUUCUGACGCGACAGUGGUGCCUGGAGAUUCCACCCCGAUGCACGUCUUAUCGUACAGAAAUCAAGGAAGUGUUCGUGAAGCAG